AUGCUGUCACGAAGAGGCGCUGCGGGCGCCGCAACCCUCGAUAUCCCAUGGCGGUUUGCGCCCGGGGCUAACAACCGCUACGAUCCAGUGUCCAACCCAGGCGGCGUCAUCUCCUUUGCAACCUCUGAAAAUGCCCUGAUGCUAGAUGAGAUUCACGAUUUCGCCCAGCAGCAUGCGUCCAUCCCAGCUCUGGCCUACACAUAUCGCUUCAGCACUGAAGGCGGACCCCGAUUUCCCGUUGCCAUGGCCGCGCACAUGAACGAGUAUUUCAGCCCGGUCCAAUCGGUUGAGGCAGAGCACAUCAUCACGGGGACUGGCCUGACUGCCAUGCACGAGCUCCUGGGCUUCAGCAUCGCGGACCCCGGCGACGGCAUCCUUGUCAGCGGGCCGGUCUACGGCCGUUUCGAGCUCGACUUUGGCAACACCUCGGCCCUGCGCAUGGUCUAUGCGAAUGUGCAUGGUGCAGACGCCUUGGCGCCUGAAGUCGUCUCGUCGUUUCAGGAAGCGCUCGAUACCGCUGCCCCUAGAGGUGUUCAGGUCAAGGCGCUGCUGAUUGUGAACCCGCACAACCCUCUAGGACGUACAUAUCCUGCACAGACCUUGCGCGCCAUCAUGGCCUUUUGCGAGCAUAACAGCAUUCACCUCAUCAGCGACGAGGUCUAUGCACUCUCCACAUACGCGAAGGACGUGAAGUUUGCCCAGGGCUUUACGUCAGUGCUCUCGAUCGACCCCGCAGGCCUCAUUGAUACCAACCGACUGCACGUCCUAUAUGGCAUGAGCAAGGAUUUCGCAGCCGCCGGACUCCGGCUCGGCUGCCUCGUCACGCGCAAUGCAGCCCUGCGCAGGGCCGUGUCCUGCAACAUGCGGUUCCAUAAUCCUUCGGGCUUGUCGGUCGCCAUCGGGACCGCGAUUCUCGAAGACCGCGAAUUCGUUGCCUCCUUCACUGCUCUGUCCCGGCAGAGGCUUUUAAGCGCGCGCGACUAUACGGUCAGCGUGCUCGCAGAGGCUGGUGUCAGAUGCGAACCUGCUAAUGCUGGCUUCUUCGUCUUCAUGGACCUCAGCCCAUGGCUUAGCCCGCCGUUAUCGCAAACCGCAAACGACGACGAGAGACAGUCUUGCGAGUUCGCGCUCGCCGAGAAGCUCCUUGACGCCGGCGUAGGCCUACACCCAGGCGAGGAGCACGCCGAAAGGGCCGGCCAGUUCCGCCUUGUCUUCAGCAGCCACGACAGAGAGACCCUCGAGCUGGGACUUGCGAGGUGA